UCAUUGGAUCACUAGACAUUCCGCCUUCUCUCCAAUAAAUAGUCCAACUUCCCAUUUACCAAAGAAAUUGUGUGGCAAGUCAUACAGUUAGACAAGUUUACCUUCCACCACCACUCCUCCACUGCUAAUUAAAAUAAUGGCACCAUCUCAGAAAACUCUUGGAAAAGGAAGUCCUGCUCCUGGCCCUGUGCCAAAGGACCAUAUUCGGCUCUACAGCAUGAGAUUCUGCCCUUUUGCCCAACGGACAAGAUUGGUGCUCAUUGCCAAGGGAAUUAAACAUGAAAUCAUCAAUGUCCAUUUGAAGGAAAAGCCUGACUGGUUUUUGGCAAAGAAUCCUCUUGGGUUGGUGCCAACGCUGGAGACCCCUAGUGGUCAGGUGAUAUACGAGUCACCAAUCACCUGCGAGUACCUGGAUGAGGUCUAUCCUGAGAAGAAACUGCUCCCAUCUGACCCAUUUGAGAGGGCCCAACAGAAAAUGCUGCUGGAGCAUUAUUCAAAGGUGACUCCCUACUUCUAUAAGAUCCCUGUGGGCAAGGCAAAAGGAGAAGAUGUGUCUGCACUUGAAAAAGAGCUUGAAGAGAAGUUCGCCCAGUUUAAUGAGAUUCUUGUCAACAAGAAGACCAAGUUUUUUGGAGGAGAUUCAGUAACAAUGAUUGACUACUUGAUGUGGCCGUGGUUUGAGAGACUGGAGGUUAUGGAUCUGAAGCACUGCUUGGACAGAACUCCUCAGCUGAAGAGGUGGACUGAACACAUGCUGGAGGAUCCUGCUGUGCAAGCCACAAUGUUCAGCACAGACACCCACAAGGUUUUUUACAAGUCCUUCAUGGAAGGAAACCCCGAUUAUGAUUAUGGUUUGUAGGAUAAAUAAUGGUGAAACACACCUGUCUGUUUUAACAGAAGUUGUUGUAGAAGGUACGUUAAUAUCCGUCCAUCUUUUUUACUGUGAUCCAGAAUAAUAUGAAAAGAGAAUUUCAGGCCUGGUUUAUCAUUCUUUAUGUCUCUUUGGCUUGUGAGUGACAAGAUCUUAAAAUCUUUUAUAACUGAUGAGGUUAUAGUGCCUGAGAAAUCAGAAUGAAUUAUAUGCUGUGAACUGUAUAACUCCUGUCAGUACAAUGAAAUAAAAUAUAUAAUGAUGAAACAUGAAA